AACACUAUUAAACAUUUUAAAAAAAUUGCUGUAGAAAUGCACUGUUUCUAUUUUGUCUUAUUAGUGACAACCCUGAAGUUUAUUCCUACCCCUGAACCUAAAAUCAGAGAGCAGUUUUUGGAAUAUUCGGGUCCCCUGACUCUCGACCUGAACACGGCUCAAAGAAACCUCAGCGUUUCCUCAGAGACUGGCGAGGUGACGUGCAGCAAAACCUCUCUAUCCGUUCCUGACCACCCAGAGAGGUUUGACAGCUAUUACCAGGUCCUGUGCAGGGAGAGCGUGUCCGGCCGAUGUUACUUUGAGGCAGAGUGGAGCGGGAAGGGUCCCGUGCACAUCGCAGUGUCCUAUGAGGACAUCAACAGGAAAGGAAAGAGCACCCUGUGUGCAUUUGGACACAACGCCCAGUCCUGGAGUCUGGUGUGCUCUGAGGAUACAUAUGCAUUCUGGUACAAUGGACGGGAAAUUAAGAUUCCCAAAAUGCAGUGGGCUCGCAGGACUGGCGUUUAUGUUGACUUCUCUGCAGGAAUUUUGGCGUUUUACAGCAUCACAGACUCAAUAAAUCUCAUCUACAGAAUUCGGACUGCAUUCACUCAACCGCUCUAUCCUGGAUUCAGAAUUAACACCGGGUCCAGUAUGAGACUUUGUUAUCCACUUUAAUGGCAUGAAAUGGAGAUUAUUCAGUUAUUUGAAACUUAAGAAAUGAAGUAUGAGAGGUCAGGCUCCAUUGGUUAACAUUAGUUAACUACAUUAGCUCACAUCAGCUAACAAUAAAAAGUGCUUCUAAAGCAUAUAUCAAUCUUAGUUAUUGUUAAUUUCAUAAUUUACUAAUAUACUAUUA